GUUAUUUGUUAAUGUUCAUUCCAUGUCUUUGGAAUUGCUCGUGCCUGCAGGGAGCACCGCCAAGCAGGUGAGCCGGGAAAUGGGGCAUGGGAAGACAGGAAGAGAAACGCCUGCUUUCUCUCACGUGCUUUUACAUCAGUGUAAACCACCAAAACCAGCAAGUGCUGUAGUUUGAACUCCCUGAUGUCCUCCCUCUACACAUCAGACAGAGCAGCCUAAGGAUUAAAAUGGAGCAAGAGCAAGUCCUUUGUCACACUGCACACCAGUGAGGGCUGCAGGGCUCUGUGUGUCUGCAACAAGAUGGAGGAAUGCAAAAUGCAGUUCAUUUUUGAGUGAGAGAAAAUAAAUAUACCUUGAGCUUCCCAGCCCCUCUCUUCAUCUAAGGAACAAACAAGAGAGCUGCUGUGGAAAGCAUCUGCAUCUUCUGCACCAUAGGACAGUAGGUUUUAACAUGAUAUUUGCAUUGAGGAGCCUGGAGGAAGUUAGAACAGGGGAAACCCCUGAAAAUAUGGUCUUUGUUACACAGAAGAUGCUCUUCAGGCUGAGCUUCUUAAGAAAGGGUUCAGUGUGCCCACAAGAAUCCUUUGAAAUAUUUGCCAGCUGGGAGUCAAGACUGGUGGAGAACUUUGUACUUGCAAAACUGAGGGCAAAACUGUUUUGUCUGUUGCUUUCAGUGAAAAGUGCUGUAUUACAAUCUGAAAAAUCAGGCUGGAAUGACAGAAAAUCACAGCUGAAAGAACUGAAUUGUCCAACGGUGCAUCAAUGCAGACAAUUGGAGAACUCCAUCUACAUUUAGGGGAAGCACAGAAAUCUGUGAUGAUUGACAUUCAUCCCACACUACCAUAUGCCAAUGUACCUGUAGAGCUUCCCUGUGCAUGGAUGUUUUCCACUCUGAACUUUCAAAGCAUAUCUCUCUGUAUCAGGACAGUGGAGGUCUCCUAACAUUCAACGUGCUACCUCAGGACUCUGAAUACAUCUCCCUGUAUUGCCUCAGCAAGGGCCUAUCCCUUCCCUUGGGAGGUGCUUUUACACUGUGGUUCUCAGCUUUGGCCUCCGCCUGAUCUACACUGGAGCUUUCUUGCAGCCAUGGCAGUGCCUGGCCAUGUACUGGACCCUCUGACUGACUUUUUAGUUUGCCCUUGGACUGUGAAUUUGCUAUGUCACUGUGAAUUUGUCUGGCAGUCUGGUCUGUCGGCUGACCCUGGCCACCAUCACUGGACCUGCUGUGUUAACCUGGCUCAGCAUCUGCCUCACCUAGCGUCAGGGGGACUCCAGAGAAGGCCCCAUGUGGCAGCCCUGAGCCAUGCGUACAGCACCAAGGAAGAGAGCUCUGCAAGACCGAUUGGGCGGUACCCAAUACCCAAUAAGAAGGAUAUGCCAUAUGAUAUUGUGGAGCUCAUGGAGGAAGUAGAAAUGAAGACUGGAUUUUUGCCUAAUGUGUUCAAAGCCAUGUCUCAUCGACCUGCUGAAUUCAGAGCUUUCUUUGCUUAUUACAAUGCCAUUAUGAACAAAGACACAGGGCAGCUCAGCAAGGCAGACAAAGAGCUCAUAAUCGUGGCCACAAGUGUUGUGAAUAGAUGUCCCUACUGCGUGGUUGCACAUGGAGCACUUCAUCGGAUAUAUUCCAAGCAGCCAGCACUGGCUGACCAGGUCAUUGUGAACUGGAAACUGGCUGACCUGAAUGAUCGGGAACUGGCAAUGCUGGAGUUUGCCCUUGCAGUCUGCCGAGCUGAUAACAUUACUGAAGAGCAUUUCCAGAAGCUGGAGGCACAUGGUUUUGACCGUGAAGAUGCGUGGGACAUAGGCAUGAUUUCUGCUUUUUUUGCUAUGUCUAAUCGCAUAGCUCAUUAUAUUGAUCUACGCCCAAACAAGGAAUUCUACACCAUGGGCAGGACACCCCGGGAAGAGAAGGAGACAGAGAAAGCUGAGCAUGCCUAACCUUGUGCUCCAGUGCCUACAAAUCUGCAAGAGAUUGAUCAAGAUCUCAUUUCUUAAACUCAUGAGGCUAAUUUCUGAAUGUGUUAAAAGCUUAAAAAGUUAAUAUGAGAUUGUAACCAUGAGGGAUGAGCCUCACUUUUUUUCAGUGUGCAGAUGUCUAGGGAGGUUUUUCAACCCCGUGGUGAUUCUGGGGCUUUUUGUGCUUGUAAAGCAGCUGCAAGAUUGUAACUUUGGACUCAACAGUCUUUUAACUGAAUAACAAACUGACCGGGUAACAGUGUGGUUUAUAAACAAGGUGUUUCACUA